UUAUUGUACGUAUAUUUUCCCUUUGGACAAAGGCCAACAGGACGAUUUUCAGGACUAUAAAUUCUGAAUUUUGUCUUUUGCCAGCGUCACACCUUUCUCCAGCAGCAGAGUCGGUGCCCAGCUCACUACUAAAAAUGCUCACCCAACGCUACUUUUCCUACUUUUGCUCUUUUCUCAGCUUUGGGUGUGGUUGCAAGUUUUUCCCAUACAUUUGGGAUGGAAAGGAAUGUCGUCUCAAAAAAGGGUCGGCCAACCAGUGGUUCUACUUCAGCAUCCACCGCACCGUGAUCGUGACGAUGCUGACUUUCUCCGGGUUUCGUCUGGCCCAAGCUUUCACUCGACCUGGAUUUCCCCUCCUGCUGAAAAUCCUGAACAUCGCCUGGGUUGGUGGCUACACUCUCGCACUCGUCGCUUUCUACCAGUGGGACGUCAACGAGAAGGAAAUCAUGCAGUUUGGCAACUACCUCCUCAACUACGCCGACCCAGCCAACAAAGAGAAGAGGGAGGAAGAAAAGGCUGCAAAGAACAGGGGGGCCAAAGCCAAGAGAAAGUUGGCCUUGCCUCCGGAAGAGGAAAAUCUGCAGGCGACCCUGAGGAAGGAGGAGCAGAGAGAGGAGCGUAGCCUUGGACUUCAUCUACUUUUCGGUCUCCUCCUCUUUCUCGGAAAUCCUGGCGUCCACACGACCUUGGUCAAUGAGACACCCUGUGCACCACACUUUACGAGCUCCUUGGCAUUCCCCUGUUUGGGUUAUAGUGCUACCGGCGUCCCUUUCCUCCACAAGGUUCCCUUCAUCGUGAUCGAGUACUAUCUAAUCUGCACCAUGUUCAUCUCCAUCACGUUCAACUGGGCCAUGGUCUACCUUGGAAUGUCAUGGGUGUUGAAGGAAAUCAACCACUUUAGGCGUGAUCUGAAACACUUUUCUUCUGGGCCAGAAGUUGUGGAGUUCCGCGGGGUUGAAGUGAUCGUGUCCCUGGUGAACAAUGGCUUCCGUCCGUACCUCGCCUCCUUCCCGUCGCUCCUCUUCUUCAUGGUCUCCUCCCUCGUCUUCGGCGUCGUCCGGCUGUGGCACACUGCUCCCCUCGCAAACCUCAUGUUUCCUCUCUGCUCCACGGAAUGCCUCUACGAUGCCGUGACCCCGUUGGCCGUGGCAGGAGACAUCAGCUUCAAGACGAGGGAGCUGAACCUGAGCUGGCGGAGCAGCGUUGCCUCCAUGAAAGGGGUGAGCAGGAGAGAAAAAAAGAUGCUGAUGCUUCAUGCCGAGUCCUACAAUGGCGUCAGGGUGACUUCCGGCCAUUUUUUUACUUUUGAAAACACCAUUGUCCUCGUCUGCAUGCACAACUGCAUUCAGUUGACGCUGAACAUGUUGGUUACUUUUAACGCUUAGGAAAUACAUAUAUAAAUACAAGCCACAUAUUUCACGAAUAAAGACUUGAAUUAUGAAAAAUA